AUGGCAAAUAUUCCAGAAGUGUUGCUGAACACUCUUCAAGAUUUGGAGAAGGAUGACCUGAAAACAUUCCAGUGGCAUCUGAUUAGUGGUGUGGAAGGAUUCACCCCCAUCCAAAAGGCUCCUCUAGAGAAUGCAGUCAGAACUGACACUGUGGAUCAGAUGGUGCAGAGAUAUGGACACAGUAGAGCUGUAGAGAUCACAAUGGCUGUCCUGAAGAAAAUGAACCAGAACCAACUUUCUGAGGAGCUAAGAACCAAACUCAAAGACGGUGGAGAAAAAUGGAAAGAGGUAACUGAUAAGAGUACUGCAGCCUCCUCAACUGCAACCCAAACUGGAGCCUCAGUUAAUGCUCUCACUUCAGAAGAUCAACAGCACCGCAUUCAGUUGAAGUCCACCCUGAGGCUACUAUAUGAAAGUAUACUAAUUGGAAAUUCACUGACAGGCCAUACAAAGUUCUUGGAGGAUAUCUACACUGAUCUCAUUGUAGUGCAGAAUGAAAGUGGAGGAGUCAUUCAAGAGCAUGAAGUGAUGCAAAUGGAAAUGUCCACCAACAGACCUGCUAGUGAGGAAAUUUGUGUCAAAUGCUGUGACCUUUUCAAGGCCCAGCCUGGUACCAGAAGACGGAACAGAAAAGUGUUAACAAUGGGAAUUGCAGGAGUUGGCAAAACUGUGUCAGUCAACAAAUUCAUACUUGACUGGGUGAAGGGAGAGGAGAACCAAGACAUAAACUUGAUUUUUCCUCUUCCCUUCCGUGAACUGAAUCUGAAGAAAGAAAAGAAGUUCAGUUUGAUUGAACUACUAAAUCAUUGUUUUUUUUCUUCAAAAACUGAACUGAAGUCUCUUCCAGAAGAUGAUGGUAAAAUUUUGUUUAUCUUUGAUGGGUUGGAUGAGUGCCGCUUUCCUCUUUGCUUUAAGGAUGGAGAGGAAGUAAAAGAUAUCAAUGAAAAGACCUCAUUGGGAACAUUGAUCACAAAUCUUAUCAACAGAAAUCUGCUUCCCUUUGCUCUCAUCUGGAUAACUUGCCGACCAGCAGCAGCUCAUCUCAUUCCCCGGGACUACAUCAAUCUGGUGACAGAAGUACGAGGAUUCAAUGAUAAACAAAAAGAGGCAUACUUCAGCAAAUAUUGUAAUGAGGAUAUGGCAAAGGAAGUUUUUUCACAUAUAAAGAAAUCAAGGAGUCUCUACAUCAUGUGUCAAAUCCCAGUGUUCUGCUGGAUCUCUGCCACUGUGCUUCAGCCCCUGAUGGUUCAAGACAGCAAUAAGGACAUCCCCACAACUCUGACAGGAAUGUACAUAAGCUUCCUACUCCAGCAGAAAAACUUAAUGAAAAAGAAAUACAGUGAGGAGACCAAAACUGUUGAUGCUGAGCACAUCAUUUUGAAGCUUGGUAAACUGGCCUUCUGUAAUCUUGAGAGUGGUACUCUGAUUUUCUAUGAGGGUGAUCUUAGGAAAUGCAGCAUUGAUGUCAGUGAUGGCACUGUGUUCUCAGGAGUGUGCACACAGAUUUUCAGUCAGCAGGGAGGAGUUUCUGAGAGGAAUAUUUUCAGCUUUGUGCAUCUGAGUGUUCAGGAAAGCCUUGCAGCUUUAUAUGUGCAUUACUCACACUGCAACAAGAAAAGGAAUGCAUUCAAAAAGGGGGCAUUCUGGAACAAGAUUAAAUGGAUGAAUAAGAGAAUAAAAGAUCUUCAUAAGUGUGCAGUGGAAAGAGCUUUGCAGAGUGAAAAUGGACACCUGGACCUUUUUCUCCGUUUUCUCAUUGGCCUCUCACUGGAGGACAGUCAGGGUAUUCUAACUGAACUUCUGCCAAAUCUGAAGAUCAGAGCAGCGAGUGAUAGAAACACAGCCGACUAUAUCAAGAAGAAACUGAAUGAGGAAAUGUCAUCUGACAGAAGCCUGAAUCUCUUACACUGCCUGAGUGAACUGAAAGACAAUUCCAUGACAACUGAAAUCGCAAAACACCUGAAAUCAGGAAAUCUCUCAACACAAGAACUCUCAUCUCCACAGUGGUCAGCUCUGGUGUUUGUGUUGCUGAUGUCAGAGGAGACUCAAGAGAAAUUUGAACUGAAGAAAUACAGGCCAUCUGAUGAAGGACUGAACAGACUACUGUCAGUGGUGAAAAACACAAGAAAUGCUCUAUUAGCUUCAUGUAAUCUUGGGGUAAACACUUGUAAAGAUUUGGAAUCAGUGUUAAAACUGGAAAACUGCUCCCUGAAAGAACUGGACCUCAGUAACAAUGACCUGCAAGACUCAGGACUGGAGCUCCUCUCUGCUGGACUGAAGAGUUCAAACUGUAAACUGGAGAUUCUAAGACUAGCUUUGUGUAAUCUUGGAAAAAAGUCCUGUGAAAAUUUGGAAUCGGUUUUAAAAUUGGAAACAUCUUCCCUGAAAGAGCUGGACAUCAGUAACAAUGAUCUGCAAGAUACAGGAGUGGAGGUCCUCUCUGCUGGACUAAAGAGUUCACACUGUAAACUGAAGAUACUCAGACUAGCUUUAUGUAAUCUUGGAAAAAAGGCUUGUGAAAAUCUGGAAUCAGUUUUAAAACUGGAAACCUCCACCCUCAAAGAGCUACUUAUGAGUAACAAUGACCUACAGGAUUCAGGAGUGGAGGUCCUUUCUGCUGGACUGAAGAGUUUACAUUGUAAACUGGAGAUACUUGGAUUAUCGGGUUGCAUGAUCACAGAGAAAGGCUGUUCUUCUCUGGCUUCAGCUCUGAGUUCAAACCCCUCAUACCUGAAAGAACUGGAUCUGACCUACAACCAUCUAGGAGAGUCUGGAGUAAAGCUGCUCUCUGCUAGACUGGAGGAUCCAGAGUGCACACUGAACAAACUCCGGUAUGAAAAACUGUUUUCAAAUGUGUGUGUGUUUGUGUGUGAAUUAUUGAAAUGAAGAAUGUACUCAUCUGCUUCUUAUAUAUUUCUGACAAAGCUCUCCAGCAUAUUAAUUUAUAAAGUAAUAGUGUAACUUCAUUAACUAUUACUUCAUAACUGUAGCACAAUAACUGUGCAUGAUAGUAUAAUAAUUGUACUCGAUACAAUUAAAUGGUACCGUAUACUGUAGUAUAGUACCAGUCCACCAUAAUAUAGUAAUUGUACACCAUUGUGUAGUAACUGGGC